CCCACCCAUACCGGACAUCAUACCCUGGCCGGUACCGUGAACAUCCCACCCAAUACCCAUACCGGACAUCAUACCCUGACCCUAGGGUGUGUCGUGGAGGGGGUGAUUUUCGCUGAUCUUAAUGCCGUGUCCGGAACUUGUUGCGCUGAUUCAUCACAAAACAAUUUUUCACUAACAUUUGUUUCAAAACUGCGCAGAUGUUGGCCUCUGGAGGAAAGUUUGCACCGAUGUCAGAUGCCCCAGCGCCAUCUGUGAUACAACACACGGACGACUUAAGAACUAAAGAUAUGGCUACGAAACUAAAGGUGGCGCCACUGAUCGUUUCGAAGUCUUCGAUUGUCGGCAUGCAAUAUCAAGGGCAUUUGAGCGUCGUUUUUGUUAUGAUCAGUUUUUUUAUGGCGUUCGGUGAACGCCAUAAACUCCGCUGUGGUUCACUCCGCUGUGGCGUUCGGUGAACAUGUGAAAGCACUGGGAUGCGAUGGUACGGCGGUGAAUAUCGGGACCAGCGGUGGUGUGUGCCGACUUUUCGAGCUGGCGACAAAUAAGCCCGUGCACUGGUUUGUGUGCAUGCUGCACGGCAAUGAAUUGAACCUGCGGCACGUAUUCAAGACGCUGGACGGCACUACCAGCGGACCUCGAACCUUCAACGGCGCCAUCGGCACCAGCUGCGCCGAGGACGUGUGGAGGAGGGAGGUGGCGCCGUUCCAGCCCGUGCCCGGACACGUGCCGGAGAUGACAGCCGAGCUGGUCGCCACCCUCAGUCACGACCAGCAGCUGCUGUACCGACUGGCUCUGGCGGUGCAGACUGGCGACAUGUCGGACUCCGUGGCGCGACAGAGGAUCGGGCCACUCAACCACGCCAGAUGGCUGACACUCGGCGCGCGGGUGCUGCGCCUGUACGUGAGCACAGAGUCACCGUCUGACAGCCUGCGGCUCCUCGUGCAGUUUCUGGUGACUCACUACGUGCCGGUGUGGUUCUGCAUCAGGCGACACCCCGACUGCACAGACGGUGCAAAGAACUUCCACCGUUCUGUGGAGCUUCUCCGAGAGCUGCCGGAGAUGAUCCAGGAGGUGGUGCGACCCGUCCUGCAGCGCAACGGGUACUGGGCGCAUCCUGAGCAGGUGCUGCUCGCGAUGGUGGCUGACGGUGACGCUGGCGUCCGACAGGAGGCCGUGCGCCACAUACAGGCAGCCAGACAGCGCGAGACGGAGGACGUUCGGCCAUUCCGGCUGCCGGAGCUGAACUUCAGCGCCUCCGCUUACACAGAGGUGAUCAGCUGGAGCCCGCCGGAGAGUGUGACGCAGCCGCCGCUGCUGCGCCACCUCACAGACGAGCAGCUGCAAGCCAUCGAGCACUCUCCGCUGCAGCUGCCGAACUACCCGGUCCACACGCAGGCGGUGGAGCGGGCAGUUCGGACCGUAACCGAAGCGUGCCUGGCGGUGCGUGGGGAAGAGGCGCGUCACGGCUACAUCACUGCACGCCUGAAGCACCGCCGCUGCCAUCCGGUCUUCGCUUCGAAGAAAGACUUCCAGAUAUGCUGAACUGCUCAGUGAUCACUGUCACCCGUUCGUGUGACUGCCAGUUCGGUCCUGUCGCCGUGUCUUCGAAGUUGCCGUCGCCGCUGCCUUGGCCCGCUGCGACCCGCCGGGGCCUGCCCCUGCCGCUCGCUGUGAUGUGGUUGUCGCUGCUGCCGCCGCCCCCCCCCCCCCCCCGCCCGCCCCGCUCGGCCGGUUUUAAGAGUGCAGUGCCAUACCGUUACGUGAAUGCUCGGAAGAUUUUCGUGUUUUUGCGAUUCUGUAAAAGGAUGUUUUCUUCAUACGUGAAUUAUGUCGUGAAUGAGACCCCAUACGUGGGUGUCUGGUGUAUGGUUUCGGCUUUCGGUUUGCGUCGGGUGCAGUGAUUGAUGUAUUUUAUGUUACAUGUGGUUGAUUAAUACGAGGAUUUUCACGAAAAAAAGUUCGGUCCUGUCUCGUAUCUCGCAUUGAUGAUUCGAAGUGUAGUGAAUGUUGCUUCAUUUGUUAGCUAUCGAUAUACGUGGCAUUGUGAGAUACCAUGUACUGCAUUCAGAUGAGCCAGGCUCUCAUGAUGUUUGCUAUCGUUCUAUUUAAUUAGUAUUAUAUUGAUAAGCACGGAAAUGGCAAGUAAACGACAUAAAACGGCGUUCGUGGAGCGGUCGGACAGGUUUUGCACUCAGCGCCACCUAGCGCCACUUAUGAGAAGGAGUAGUUCCGCAAUAUGCCGUAUGUUGUUCUGCAGAUGGCGCCACUAAUACAAAUGAGACUGAACGGAGACACAAACUUUUCAGAAGAGGCCAUCAAGUACGGAGUUUUGAGGGGAAUUAUCGUCCUAGAUGAUUUAGCAACAUAUCAGGGCACCAAAUAAUUCUAACGGCAGAUCAUUUUUGGAUUGACGACACACCCUAA